CUCUUCCUCCUCCUCCGCCCCGUCCCCCUGUGGCCGCCGAGGGUCGCGGCGCCCAGGCUGCCGGAGCCGCCGCGGUCUGGGCUCGGAUCCGGGAAGCUGCGGCGCGGCCGCGGUAGCGACGGGCCCCUCAUUUGCAUGCGAUUAGCAUGCGCCCGCCCCCUCAUCUGCAUGCGCAUUCCUCCCGCCGCAUUCCUGAGCUUAACCCCGUCGCUGCCGGCGUCGUCGCACCAGCUCGGGCGCACUGCCCAAGCGGGGCCGCGGCUCCAGGUGGGAGGGAGGCGGGCGAAGGAAUGUGCGGCCCGCUCCCUCCCCUUGACCCCAGAUAGCUCCCCUGGGCCAAACGCCUAGAGGUUUUAGAGUUUCUGGACGGGGAAGAUUGCAAAAAAGUCUCUGCAACCUUCUCAACCUCCUUCGUCUUCUAGGGAAACCACAAAACUUUCAAGAGGAAAGGGGUGGCGGGGGGGAGCUCUCCUCGGGAGAAAAAACCUCAACAAGCGGAGAGGGCACAAAGGCUCCCCACGCCGCGCCCCGAGCCCCUCCGGCACCCCAAGGGCGGUCCGGCGUGGUGGGAAAGCGCCAAGCCCCGGGAGCGCGUCGGUGGGUCCGGGACGGCGGGGCCUCCGCAGGGCUCCCGGCCCUCGGUGACCUCGGCUGAGACCGCGAGCCGCGCGGCGGAAAGCGGAGGAACUCCCGUCCGGCCCUGGAGCCGCCCGCGCCGCCCCCGGAGUCACCCGCCGCCCUUUCGCGUCCGGGCGCUCCAGCCGCGGGGCCCCGAAGGCUCCCCGUCCCUGGCUUCCCCUGCGGGUUCGGGGCGGUUGGCCGUGGACGCGCCCCGAGUCCAGUCCCUUCCGUCCAGCCGCCCGCCCCAGGAUGUCCCGCCACCGCAGCCCUGCCGUGGCCAGGAGGUGUGGGCGGCCACGCCGGAGGGACCCACGGCGGCGCCGGACGCCCGCCCUUCCUAGGCCCUGGCCUGGCCGGGGUGGGCCGGGACGUUCCCUGUUGCACAGGCAUUUAUUUAUUCAGCAGCUACUACGUGCUGGCCGGCACUGCCGAGGGACAGGACGCCUGCCCCAGGCGGGACAAUGCCGUGUGCAGCGCUGGCGGGGCCUGGACCCCAAGCUUCAGGGUCCCCAGCCCCUCAGUCAGAGGGGGCACCUCCCAGGCCCUGGACUCCUCUCCAGCCGGGUCUACACCACCGUCCCCCGUCAUCUUCUUCUGGGUUACUAAGCAGCUUCUUUUAAAAUAGCAACACCGAGGAAGGCCCCGAAGCCCAGUCUUGCACCUCGUGGUGUGAAGUCAUUUAAUCCUGCCCGCUAAUGCGUAAGGACUUUCCACCGUGUGCAGGACUCGGCGCCGGGCAGCAGCUCUCGCAGGGUUUGAAGCGACCUCCGCCUCCCCUGCGGGUUCACAGGCCGGCGAGGGAGUCGCGUGAAGGAGAUUCGCUACUGUGCGAGCCUGGCCUGCGCGGCAUGGGCAGCAGCUGUCCGGGGCUGGGGACGGCUUUUGGCUCCCCAGGCCAUCCCGUCGGGGCAUCUGCGGCCAAUCUCGAAGGUGGAGAGGCUCAGGGUUGGAACAGACUUCACGGAAGGGGUCCUAGAAGAGGAAAGGGGUCGCAUUUGCCCUUAGAGCAGUCUGGGCGUGAAGCGGAAACGAAACCACCAGAAACUCUGGAGAGCUUGGAGCACCUGGGAAGGAGCAACCAGAGUGGGCCGGAGGUAGGGAAGGAAGGCACCGACGGCGAAUUCGCCCGCUUUGACCGCCUUUAGGGCGGCCGCUUGUGCAGCCAGCCUUCUGGAAGGUGUGCGCUUGGUGAAGAGAAGCCCUCACCUCCGGAUCUGUGUUCCGCCCCAGUCCAUUAAUCAGGAGGUGAUCACAUAAGUCAAGCUUCUCUAGUUCCCGGUGGAAUGAGACGCCCUGGUGGGGUCUUAAGGUUGAACGUUUGAAUACUGUAAAAAAGAUGGGACCUGCCUACAAUUAAUCUCUCACACUACUGAGCGAAUGUUCGUUGUUUUGGACUUCCCUAAAUUGGCCCAAAUGCAUAGCCAACACUUGCAUUGUGGUGUACUAACAACAACAUUCAGCACCAAACCAAACCAUUCUUAUUUAAACCUUGCUUCCCAGCUUAUUUAUUUCCCAAACAACUUGAAAACAUUUGUUAUACUAAAAUGUCUACAUUUUACUAUU